AUGAACAAUCUCACUGUCUUCUCCGAGUUCAUCCUCCUCGGGCUGUCUGCCGACCCCCAUGUUCAGGCUCUGCUCUUCGUGCUCUUUCUGGUGAUUUACCUCCUGACCUUGAUGGGGAACCUGGUGAUGAUCCUGGUGAUCAGAACUGAUUCUCACCUCCACACCCCCAUACAAAGCCAAUUACUGUCCUUCUUAGACGUCUGUUUAUCUUCAGUCAUCGUGCCCAAAAUGCUACAGAACUUCUUAUCUCACAAGAACAGCAUCUCACUCUGUGGCUGCAUCACUCAAAGCUUCUUUUUCAUUCUUUCUGGGACCACUGGUGGUUGCUUGCUCUCUGCCAUGGCCUAUGACCACUAUGCUGCCAUCUGCCACCCUCUGCUGUACACCAUCAUCAUGAACAAGUCUCUCUGCAUUGUGAUGGUCAGUGCAGCAUGGGCGAUGGGGUUUCUGAACUCAUUGGUGAAUAAUCUUUUCAUCUACAAGUUACAUUUUUGUGGGUCCAACACCAUUCCCCACUUCAGCUGUGAGCUACCUUCCCUGCUCCUGCUGUCCUGCACGGAUCCCACUGCCAACGAGUUGCUUCUGUCUGGGUCAACUGCAUUUCUGGGGCUUCUGUCAGUUCCACUGAUCCUCUUCUCUUACUGCAGAAUCAUCUCUGCCAUCCUGAGCAUUCGCUCUUCUGGAGGCCAAGGCAAAGCCUUCUCCACCUGUUCCUCCCACCUCACCGUGGUGCUCUUGUUCUAUGGGACAGGUCUAUUCAGGUACAUCAGCCCUCCCUCAGGCUCAUUGCUGGAGCAAGUGGUCUCCAUUCAGUACAGUGUGCUCACAUCUUUGCUGAACCCCAUCAUCUACAGCCUCAAGAACCAGGAGGUGAAGGCAGCUCUACAGAGGAUGCUGAAGUAG